AUGUGGCAGUCUAUUGCAUUUCUCGCAGUUUUGAAUGGGGCCCUUGCAGCCCCUACCAGAAGGGCCCCCGGGGCGUUCGACAUGCCCCUAACCUGGACGCCCUUUGGUUUCACCACAAACACCAUCCAAGUCGGCAAUCCGCCUCAACAGCUCGAUUCCUUCGUGGACUGGACCUGGAUCGGCCAAUACGCCUUCACCCCGCGCUGCCAUGGCAGUUUGCAGGACACCUUCGACUGCCUCCAACCAGGCCAGCCGCUGUACAACCAAACCCAGUCGCGCACCUAUACGAACCAGUCCAGCCUGUACCCCGAUAGAAACUGGAACCCAAACCACUUCUUCUUCUACGAUGACCUCUCUGUCGGCUUCGGGUCUGAUAUCCAACAAGUCGGCCCGGACCACCAGGGUAGAGUCACCCUGCAGCUGGCGGACAUGCAUUUCCAACUGGACUUUGCAUACCCCUUCGCUGGAGUAUACGGUCUCUCGCCGGUCUUCAAGACAGACAACGCCUCCACGCAGUCCCCGUUCUACCAGAUGUGGGAACAGGGCAUCUAUCGCUCUCCGCUCAUUUCCUUCUUAUACUGCCACAACAGCACCUUCGACAGACCCGCCCCCCGUCGCGAGCUCUGCAAUGGGAACGACGGCCUGCAGACUCUGGGAGGCCCAUCUCCUGUCCUUAGUCUGUCAGGAAACGCCACAACCCCAGUGCUAUGGUACGACAACAUCGUCUUCCCCGCCGUCAACGACAUUGACUUCGAAUAUGAACCGGCCGUCUACAACUACUGGGCUGUGCGGCUCACGCAGCAUCUCAUCGGAGACGAGGUGCAACCGCUCAACACCUCAGCCUCUAUCGGUGGUAACCCCGGUGCUAUCUUCGACCACGCCAGCUACGGCCGCGGCGUGCCCAUGUCGGAGAAUAGCUAUGCGCGGCUGAUUGAGAUCACGGACGGGCAGCCGAUUACAUUGGAUGAAGACAGUGCUCCCAAUAAUGGGAACCAGUCAUUUGUGGCUGUGGACUGUGCCAGGGUGGCGUCGUUUCCCAGUGUCAAGUUUGUCUUUGAGGGCCAUGAGAGGGUGUGGGAGGUUGUGCCGGAGAAUUAUGUUGAGGUGCUUGAUCUGGGCAAGGACCAGGUUUGUGUGUUGAAUGUGAGGACGCUGGGCGAGGGAGACUUUGUUAUUGGCAAUUUUGGUGAGACUUUUGCGAAGGACAAGGUUGUUUUGUUUGAUUUCGAGGAGCUCAAGGUUGGGCUGGCGGAUGUUCCUAGCGGUUCUUAUUGA